GCACGGAGUAGACGAGUCUGCAUAACAUCAAAACAGUUUCCCCUCAAAUACAAAUCUGCUCCACAAGUUCCUUCAAUGAAUGGAUGUUGUGGUCAGGAAUCUUUGUAGUCCGGCUGUGCGACGGUGUACAAGUAUUCAUAAGACUCCGGUCGUCAUGGCUCACAGAAUCCACACCAGGCGGCUGGAGGGAGUCGAUAAAAACGUCUGGGUUGAAUUCACUCAGCUGGCAGCCGACUACAAAGCGGUGAACCUGGGUCAAGGCUUUCCUGACUUCUCGCCUCCCAAGUUCGUCCAAGAUGCUUUCUGCCAGGCUGUUGGUGGAGGCCCAGCGAUGCACCAGUAUACCAGGGCUUUUGGUCACCCGCCUCUGGUGAAAAUUCUGGCUAAGUUCUUCAGCAGGAUCGUGGGACGUGACAUCGACCCCUUUGAGGACGUGCUGGUCUCUGUGGGAGCCUACCAGGCUCUGUUCUGUGCGUUCCAGGCGCUGAUCGAUGACGGGGACGAGGUGAUCAUCGUGGAGCCGUUUUUUGACUGCUACCAGCCCAUGGUGAAGAUGGCGGGGGGGACGGCGGUGUACGUGCCGCUCAGACCUAGAGUUGAGGGAAAAGCGGUGCUGUCGAGCGGAGACUUUGUCCUGUCAGCAGAGGAGUUGGCCAGUAAGUUAACACCACGUACAAAAGCCAUCGUCAUCAACACUCCCAACAACCCACUCGGCAAGGUUUACAAGACAGAGGAGCUCCAAAUGAUCGCGGACCUGUGCAUCAAACACGACCUGCUCUGCAUUAGCGAUGAAGUUUACGAGUGGCUGACCUACGAUGGAGCCAAGCAUGUGAAGAUCGCCAGUCUGCCUGGCAUGUGGGAGCGGACCAUCACCGUGGGCAGCGGCGGGAAGACGUUCAGUGCCACAGGUUGGAAGGUGGGCUGGGUCAUCAGCUCCAGGGAGCUCAUCAAGCACAUGAGAGUGGUCCACCAGAACUCCGUCUACCACUGUCCCACCGCGGCGCAGGAGGCCGUCGCUCGAGGGUUCGAGAGGGAGUAUGAGCUCUUCGGGUCUCCAGAGAGCUACUUCCAGCAGCUCCCUGCGAUGCUGCAACACAAGAGGACGAAACUGGCCUCCUGUUUGCAGAGCAUCGGUUUGACGCCCGUCAUGCCCGAGGGAGGCUAUUUCAUGGUGGUCGACGUGUCCUCAGUCAAUGUGGACCUCAAAGACGGGAACUGCAAUGAGGAACCCUUUGACUACAGAUUUGUGAAAUGGUUAACAAAGGAGAAGGGUUUGGCCACGAUUCCUGUCAGUGCCUUCUACAGCCCAGAGCACCGUGAUGAGUUCGACAAAUACAUUCGCUUCUGCUUCGUCAAGGAGGACUCUACUCUCAGCGCUGCAGAGGAGAUCUUGAAGAAGUGGAGUCAAGAAAAGUGACCACUGUCCAGAUUUCAGAAAAUUUGUCUCUGUGAGGCACUUUAACAAUGUAAUUCAAUCUGAGCGUUUGGUCAGGUUAUUUAAAUCAAUGUGUGAAAGAUUUUAUUGAGCAUAAUUUCGUUUUAACCCACCAGCCUUUCCGCAAGAUAAGGAUACACACCUGAAGAGUCAUGCUGCUUUUUGUUUGUCCAUCUUCCUCGUAUCGGUUCAUUCAACUGUUUUAUGUUUUGUCCCGUCACUGGACCGUCUUGUUUCACAUGACAGUAUUAGGAUGUUUCAAUACAACAAAGGAGCUGUGAACAAAAAAUGUCUUUUUUUUUUGUUUAAACUUUGUUUAACUUACUGUCUUGUUCGGGGUACAUAUAGUUUGACUCGAAUUUUAGAAAUGUGUGACAACAGGUAAUAAAAAUGGCAUGAAUCUGGUGUAUUUAACGAGUGAAGCAUAUCUGUGGGAGGAACAUACGCUUAAGUUAAUAGAAAUGCAAGUAAUGGUAAAAUGAAAUUGUUUGACUAUGAGUAUGUAAAUUUUCUCCUUCACUCGUUACUUGUUAAAUACUGAAUAAAACCUAUGUUUACUAUGUACUAAAUGUAAAACACUUGUGCUCAUGGUUAUCGAGAUGUUCUCCAGUGAAAUUA